UGAUGUUCUUAUCGAUAAGCUAUUGUUUUGUUAAAUAAUAACACAUUGUGAUUCUGUCAUUACUUGUACAUAAAAAUGCCGGUACCCAAAAAACAAUCGUUUUUAUCUCGAAAUCUGGUCGCAGUGGUGAUGAUACCUAGUUUAAUUGGCAUACACUACGGCUGGAAAGUAUUACAGGACAAUCGCAAACUAGUCACAGUCGAGGAACAAAUUGAUUUGCCUCCAAUCACGUUGGCCAAAUAUGUGUGGAAAAGACUGACGACAAAUGAAGCUGAAAAAUGAUUCUAAAUCAAAAUUUGUUUUUAUAGUUGCUAGUUAAAAACUAUUUAUUGCAUUAAAUGUGUAUGCAGUAAAUUAAA